ACCAGGAAGAAGAAAAGUUGAAAUACAAGCUUAUAAUUGAAGUAAUUUUCCUUGACCUUAACAGUCUGAUCUACGACUACGAGUUUUUAUGCUGCGAACUCCGACUCCCAAACCCUAAGCACUUUUGGCAUCUUCGAUUCUUGUAUUGCUUGCUGCGGAAGAAAAAAUCCUUUGAUCGCAGAAGCAGAUAAAUUGACUUGAAAAUCUUGAAGUCUGUUUCAGUAUCUUUGCAAAGUACCUGCAGAAAUGGCAAUGACAAUUGAAGGUUUGUACCUUUAUGCCUUCUCUUUCUAUAUUCAUGAUGAUUUGUUUGGCAUUAAAUGCUCGAUCCUUUUUUUGGAAUUAAAGGAGACGAUUGUUAUUUUGUUUUCUGUAUCAUAGUUUGACUUGCUAAUUGCGUCGUCGGGUAUUUCUGGAAACUUAGUUAUCUCUGCAUUCUGAUCUGGUGUUGCUCUCAAUGUUGUUGUCAGUGACUCAGUUGAAUUAACUUAAGCUGCAUUCAUGAAUCUUUUAUCUGUAUUCUCUAUUAGGGGCGGAGCUAGGAAUUUAAUUAGGAGGGGAAAAAAUAUAUGAGGAAAUUUUGAGGAUAUGAGAUGGGGCAUAUAUAGGGAAACUUUAAAAAAAUAGCUUGUUGGGGAUUUUUUAUGAGGGGCAUUUGUCUGUUGUGGAGCUCAAGUGGCUUCAUCACUGUUCUCUACCCACCAGUAUGCAUUAGAUAUUAGAGAAUGGAGCAUGUAACUUCUAGUAUGAUUGCUAGUUCACAUGUAGUAUUUGCUGAACCACUGUGUGAUUUAUCCUAAAUGCAUUUUUUUCGUAGUGUUGUAAAUAUAUUAUUACUGCAAUGUCUAAUCUACUUUAUAUUGUGGUUUUGAUCUUGCAACUUAUACUGGUACGCUAUUCCGGUACUGUGUGACUGAUCUGGUCGAUUGCAUGCAGUUCUUGCAGGACUUGCAUUCAUGUUUUCAUCUAGCAUCCUGCUCCAGAUCUUGGCUUGUGCGAUAUACAGCAACUGGUGGCCAAUGUUAUCAGCUCUGAUGUAUGUUCUGGUGCCAAUGCCUUGUCUUUUCUUUGGUGGUGGAACCACUCAAUUCCUUACCAGUCGAGAAGGUGGGGGUUGGAUAGAUGCUGCCAAGUUCUUGACCGGUGCAUCUGCUGUGGGGAGCAUGGCCAUUCCCAUCAUUCUGAGGCACGCAGGCUUGAUAGGAACCGGCGCAAUGUUCAUUGAAUUCACGUCUUUCUUCAUAUUUGUCUGCACGAUCCUUUGCUUCCAUCGUGCCAGUCUGGACGAUGAGUGGUAACACUUCUAUCAAGAGACGAUGUCUGUAAACCUUGGACCGCUGCUGUGUUUGGUUAUUUUGGAAGAGUGAAAUGAAAAAAAAUUAACAAGAAAGUUGAAAAAUAGAGGAAGAUAUAUAUCCAACAUGUACAGAUAGAUAAAUUAUUGGUCGGUUGGCAGAGUUUGCUCUUGUGAAUCUUUGAUGUUAGAUUAGCAGCAGACCUGUUCCACAUUUCUGACUCUUCCAGUAAUUUGAUAUUUUAAAAUAA